ACGAAACUUGUCAUUUAUUAACAAUAAACACUGUUAAUCAUUUGAAUAUUAAAACAAUCUAAAUGACCAAAAAACGUAGGCUUUCUAAUUCUUCUCCUAUUAAAGUCGAAGUAAAGGAAGAAAAUACAAUUGGAAAUGAUUAUCUUUUAGCUAAAGGUCGCCUAAAAGGCGUUCUAAAACAACUUACAGAACAAUCAUCUGAUGAAGGUAGCGAUUCUUCAGAUGAUAAUAAGAAACUUAGCGAAUCAAAUAGAAAACGAAAAGUCGAAAAUAUGCCUACACCAUACCAUCAUACUUAUGUGAUGAAAUUAUUUGAUAGAAGCGUUGAUUUGGCUCGAUUUGAGGAAGAUACUCCACUUUAUCCAAUUUGCCGUGCUUGGAUGCAAAAUCAACCUAGAAAUCCUCAAUCUAUUGUCAAACGUAGACUAUCUUCUCCAGAACCGGCUAAUAAUUCAUGGAAUGAAAAUUCUUUAUCCGAGAUAAACAGAUUACCUUCUCCACAUACUCAGUUUGUUUCAAGAAUUCCAUCACCACUACCCGAGCAGGAACAAAAUAAAGACAAUAUUAAUUUAGAUUAUGAUGAAUAUAUUCCUAGUAAACAUACUCUAAUGCAAGAACAUAUGAAACGAUGGAUGAAUGUGAAGAAAAAAUGGAUACAAACUGCUUUUAAUAAUGAAAAUCGAUAUUUACAAAGUACAAAUAUACUUAAAGCAAUUUAUAAUAAAGCUCAAGAGGAAUCUAAUUAAUUCUUAAGGAGAGGAAAGGAUGAGAAAAAGAAACAUGUGAAUGUAUAAGAAUGUAUAUUUUUUCACUUUUUCUCAGUAUAUAAUCAUAAUUGAAUCUUAGGAGAAAGACAUUUACAUUUCAAUAUUAAAUAAAUAUAUAAUUUUAACAUAAAUAAAUGAAAUACAAUAAA